ACUGCCCCGCCCAUCCGCCACCGCACUUUAACUCUCACUUUCCCACCUUUUUUUCCCUCUCAAAAACCCUAACCCUAAAAAAAAAAAAAAAAAAGAGAAAAAAAUCCGAAAAGAGAAAAUGCUUGAACUCCGGCUGGUCCAAGGGUCGCUGCUGAAGAAGGUUCUGGAGGCGAUCAAGGACCUGGUGAACGAUGCGAACUUCGACUGCUCGGCCACGGGGUUCUCGCUCCAGGCCAUGGACUCCAGCCACGUGGCGUUGGUGGCUCUGCUCCUCAGAUCCGAGGGCUUCGAGCACUACCGCUGCGACCGCAACCUUUCCAUGGGCAUGAAUCUCGGCAACAUGUCCAAGAUGCUCAAGUGCGCCGGCAACGACGACAUCAUCACCCUCAAGGCCGACGAUGGCAGCGACACCGUCACCUUCAUGUUCGAGAGCCCCACACAAGACAAGAUAUCUGAUUUUGAGAUGAAACUGAUGGACAUCGAUAGCGAGCACCUUGGAAUUCCAGAGGCAGAGUACCAUGCUAUUGUUAGGAUGCCUUCUUCUGAGUUUGCUAGGAUUUGCAAAGAUCUCAGCAGCAUUGGUGACACUGUUGUCAUCUCUGUGACCAAGGAAGGAGUGAAGUUCUCCACAAGGGGUGAUAUUGGAACCGCAAAUAUUGUUUGCAGGCAGAAUAACACAGUAGACAAGCCAGAAGAAGCAACAAUCAUAGAGAUGACUGAGCCAGUGUCAUUGACAUUUGCGCUGAGGUACAUGAACUCCUUUACGAAGGCGACCCCAUUGUCGAGCAUUGUGACACUUAGCUUGUCUUCAGAUCUGCCUGUCGUGGUUGAAUACAAGAUUGCAGAGAUGGGUUAUAUUAGGUUCUACUUGGCUCCCAAGAUAGAGGAGGAUGAAGAUGAGACAAAGCCUCAAGUUUAGGUGUUAUGCUGGCUCUCAACCCAAUUUCCUGUUCACACAUUGUUCUCUGUUUUAAAAUCCAUGUGGAGAAUGUUUCUUAUGCAUUCUUAUUCUCAGUUUUUUUCUUCUUCGUGGACAACGGAUUGGUAGUUUAGAAAAGUUCUAUAAAUCUUUCAAGUGAUGAAUUUGUUUUUUGUAUCCUGAUUCGGAAUUAGGAUGAACUUUGUCAUAUGAAUGUUCACUCCUUCACCGACAAGGAUUUCCUGUAAUUCGGUUGGUUAAAUUGCACACAAUUGCCUUGGCAGUUUAGGGUGCAGCAGGUGGGUCCUAUGCCAUCCUUUGUAUGAUAGUAUGAGGCUGUCUGAAUUCUCAUUUUAAUAAUUUUUUUUUC